UGUUGUUAUGACUACGAGGUCGUAAAUCCGCCAUGUUUUCCCUGUUGAAGCGUUGCGACAGAGACGGAGGUCUGGAACGACAUGACUGAAGAAAAUAAUAAUACGGCAGCAACAGUUACCGACCAAGCGGAGCAUGGCAACAUCAUCACCAUCCAAACCACACUCGGAGACGAAGAUGAGGAUAUUCAUAAAUGCGGGAGAUGUCUGGAGGAGUUCUCCGCUCUGGAUGCUUUCAUCCAACAUAAACUCAGCAGGAGCUGCAAGCGUCCUCAGCAGGACCAUCAGACAAAUGUUGUCCCUAAUGAAGCUGCUUCCAUUUAUGUGAAAUUAAGUGAAAAUGAUAGUUCAUCUGAUGAAGCGGGAACGUCGAAUGCAGACAAGGGAGAUAAAGCGGCGGCUGGAGGAAAAAAGAGAAGCCUCUCUGCAAGCGAGGAUGACAGUUCCAGUCCUGCAAAAGUCGUUUGGAAGUUAAACGCAGAGGGACGGUACAUCUGUGAGAUAUGUGAGAAGACCUUUAAAACGACAAAUAUUCUCAGAACCCACAUGUUCACGCACACGGACCAGAAGGAUUUUAAGUGUGAAAUAUGCGAGACUGCUUUUAGGACUAAGGGUUCGUUGAUCCGGCACAAACGUCGGCACACAGAUGAGCGUCCAUACCGCUGCAAUCAGUGUGGACUGGCGUUCAGAGAGUCCGGAGCGCUAACCAGACAUCUGAAGUCUCUCACGCCUUGCACUGAGAAGAUUCGCUACAGUCAGUGUAAAGAGAUACUUGUUAGCAAGGAUGGAGUUCAGAAAGAAGUUCAGCCGUCCCCUCCUGAACCUGAGAAGGAGCAGAUUCCUGUCGUGAGAGUUGUGGAAGCUGGUCAGGAGAUCAUCCAGAUCGAGGUGGUAGGACAAGUGCAACAGGUCGUGUCUCAGCCUCAAACUGCGACUGUGGUUGAAGCCGACAAUCUAAUCUGCCAGGCCAUCAUAAACUCUGGCAUCGCGCUGGAGACCGAAGCCACAGAGGCAGCCGAGCAGGCAGAGGCCCGGUCACCUAAAGCAGCCCUGCAGGCUCCUGAGACUGACGCCAGACUCACUGAGAUCCAGGUGACAGAAGAAUGUGUGGAGACCGUGGCCGAGGAAACACAAGAUUCGUCUGUGAAGGAAGACGAACCCGUUGAGACAAAAUUAUACAAAUGUCCUCACUGUGAACGCAUGUUCAAGACGUUGACCUACCUGAGGGUCCAUGUCAAAGGGCAUGUUGGUUACAAGCCGUUUAAGUGCUUAACAUGUCAGAAGGAGUUCCUGACGGGCUACGUGCUGAAGAAACACAUGGAGACACACGUCAGCGAGCGGCGCUACAAAUGCGGAGAGUGCGGCAAACAGUUUAAAGCCAUCGGACACGUGCGGGAACACAUGAGAGCGCAUUCAGACGAGAGGCCGUACCACUGCAGCUUCUGUGACAAGAGCUACAAGACCAAGAAUGCUCUGCAGGUCCACCAUCGCACUCAUGGCGAGGAAAAGCCUUACGUGUGUCCGCACUGCUCCCGUGGCUUCCGGGAAAAGAGCGCUUUGGUGCGGCACAUCCGGCAUCACACGGGAGAAAAGCCCUUCAGGUGCUCCAACUGUGGCCGGGGCUUUGCUGAACAUGGAACGCUCAACCGUCACCUGCGAGCUAAAGGGGGCUGUUUUGCUGUGCAGCUGAAGGACUCUGAACACGCAGGGAGCUCUGAGGAGCAGGAGCUGGCGGCUGAGAUCGUAUCGGACGAUCCUCAUGCUGUGCUGGUGGAGUUCUCCUCAGUAGUGGCCGACACUCAGGAAUACAUCAUAGGGACACCAUCUGAGGAAGCAACUCAAGGGGAAGAAGUAAUAAUCCAAGAUAAUCAGCAGCAGAUGGACAGUCACAUCAUGAAGGUGGUGCAGCAGAUCGUCAGCCAAUCACACGGAGGCCACCAGAUCAUUGUGCGUAACGUGGCCGCAGAUGAGACCCCAGGCAUCUCAGAUUGUGGAGACACCAUCACCAUCGCCACACCUGAGAGCUUGACCGAGCAGGUGGCAAUGACACUCGCAAAUGCCUUAAGUGACGGCACCAUCCUCACGACGACAACAGAGGAUGCCAUGGAGACACCCCACACCACAGUUACCAUGGUAACAGCUGAGAACGUUGAGACAAUCGAGCAAGAGGAGCAGUAUGUCAUUGCUUCACCCGACGAAAUGGAAAUUCAGACUGUGGUAGUGGUCUAAGAUGCAGGUUUUGUUAAUUUAAUAUGUUUUGUUUGUUACAUGAACAGCCGUGGUGUAGCAUGCCAGUUCUCUGGGAGGCCUUAAUCAACAUGUUUUGCACUGCAAGAUGGAUUCAUAACUUUUGCUUAUGGAAACUUUCAGAAGGUUGUGUUGCAGCUGCAACAAGCUGCAGGUUAUAUUUAUGAACUAAUUCCAUUUUCAGUAGAUGGUAAAACCAUGUUUUUUCUAUUUGUUUAAUGUGACGCUGCCAUAUCAGGUUUUCUCUCUGAUGCAUGGCAUAUAAUCAUAUACGACUAUCAUCUGCUCAUGAAUAUAUAACAUAACAUGUUGCCCCCAAUAACAGGGCCCAUAAAACACCUGGCAGGGAACGAAAGUACAAAACAUUAAAUAUAUUUUUAUGUG